CUGCGCGGUGCUCAGCGCACGUGUUGGAACCGGAAGCACCCGCUGAGGCUGGAAAACUGUGGAGAUGGAAGAAGGAAUGGAGUCGCAGAAUGCCGGGGCAGAGGAGGGCUUCACCCAGGUCACCCGCAAGGGUGGCCGGUUGGCGAAGAAACGGCGGGCUGAUCAGCUGUCAGCAACAGGGGAGAGCGAGAACGCGAGCCGUAUGGACACAGAGGAGGCCCGGCCGUCGAAGAGGCCUGUGUUCCCGCCCCUCUCCGGGGACGGGUUCGUGAGUGGUAAAGGAGAAAUAAGAAAAAUUCCAGUCCCAGCUAACAGAUACACACCAUUAAAAGAAAACUGGAUGAAAAUAUUUACUCCUAUAGUAGAACAUUUGGGACUCCAGAUACGCUUUAACUUGAAAUCAAGGAAUGUAGAAAUCAGGACUUGUAAAGAAACUAAGGAUGUUAGUGCUCUGACAAAAGCAACUGAUUUUGUGAAAGCCUUUAUCCUUGGGUUUCAGGUGGAGGAUGCACUUGCCCUCAUCAGGUUGGAUGAUCUGUUCCUGGAAUCUUUUGAAAUUACAGAUGUUAAGCCUCUAAAGGGAGACCAUCUGUCCAGAGCAAUAGGAAGAAUUGCUGGCAAAGGAGGAAAAACUAAAUUCACCAUAGAGAAUGUGACACGGACUCGGAUAGUUUUGGCUGAUGUGAAAGUUCAUAUCCUUGGCUCUUUCCAAAACAUCAAGAUGGCAAGAACUGCCAUUUGCAAUCUCAUCUUGGGAAAUCCUCCAUCAAAGGUUUAUGGCAAUAUUAGAGCUGUGGCUAGCAGAGCAGCAGAUCGAUUAUAAUGUCAAAUCAGAGACUUUCUAUCUUUGGACUCCAAGAAAAAGACAUGACAUUCUACAAUUGGUCAUAAGAAACCAUGUGAAGAAUUUCAGUCACUUUAAGCCUCAGUCACUUCUUCCAUUCUCUGCCAGAGCAUAAACAGAAAGGAAAGGUUUAACAGCCUUCACACACCACAGCUUUUAGGUGUAUUUAUUUACAUAUCAAAAUUUAGUAUUUUUAUUAUUCUUACACAUUAGGUAUAAUUUAUAAUUACUUUCAUUUUAAGUCACACAAUCGCAGAUCUAUGUAGCUUGUAAUCCUCUCAUUUGGAGGGAGGCUUCUUGCUUAAACAGUUUUGUGUGAAUUUAUAAGUUAUUUGUGAAUUUAUAGCAUUUUAUAGAAAAUUUAUAAAUUUUAAUUAAAAGAAUCGUUUCAGAAAUCCUUCUGUGAAACCUGUUCUCAAAACUGUGUGGUGUGGUGUGUAUUUUAAAAUCAGGUCAUAAACAGUGGUCUUAGCUGUUGUAUAUGAAUUAAUAAGGGUUAAUCUUUGUACUGAUGUGCAGUUUUUAAAAUCCAAGACCUACAUUACAAGGUUGACGUGAGGAAAGUUUCUUAUUUUUCCAGGAAGUAUUUAGUCAAGACAUUGCCAAUGUUGAGUAUAUAGAUGCUCCUCAACUUACAAUACAAUGAUACCUGAAUAGACCUACUGUAAGUUUAAGUAUCACAAGUCAAAAAUGUAGUUAAUACACCUGACGUCCUGAACUUUACUCAGAACACUUAGCCUGUGGUUAGGCAAAAUCAUCGACCACAAGCUAAUAAAGUGCUGAAUUUCUUAGAAAAUGUAUUGAGUACUCUACUGAAUGUGAAAAACAAAAUGGCUGUGUGGGUACUCAAAGCCCAGCUUCCACCAAAUGCCUAUCACUCUCACAUCUAUGUAAAGUUGAAAAAUUGUAAGUGGAGCCAUCAUAAAGCUAUACUCCAUAGUAAGGAUGAAAGUACAAGAAUGUCUCCUCUGCCAAUAAAAACAGUUCUA